AUGGAGAGCUGCUGUAAGGGCUCUGCCUGGGUGUCCCGGGGCAAGAGGAACUUGCAGUUCUGUGUCUACUGGCCUUCUGUGUACUGGACAGAGAGGUUUCUCGAAGACACCACCCUCACCAUCACAGUGCCAGAGGUGUCCCGCCGAGUGGAGGAACUGGCUCGACCUAAAAGGUUCUACUCGGAGUAUUACAACAACAACAGGACCACCCCCAUUUGGCCCGUUCCUCGGUCUUCCCUGGAAUACCAAGCUUCCAGUCGCCUGAGGGAACUGGCCGCCCCGAGGGUUCGGAAUAACAUUUGGAGCAUAAACAUGUCUGAGGUGUCCCAGGUAUCCAGGGCAGCCCAGAUGGCCAUCCCCAGCCCAAGGAUCCUACAGCUGGCAAAGCCCAGGUCCCCAGCCACCCUGUUGGAAGAGUGGGACCCCAUGCCCAAGCCCAAGCCGCACGUGUCAGACUACAAUCGCCUCCUUCACUUGGCCACACCUGCCACCAG